AUGUCGCAAUCUCAGGAAAAAUCAAUAAAUAAUUCUUGUUCGUUCGCGGACGAAGAUAGAGAGGAUAGUAGCAAACAUUUCAUGAACGAUGAUAUUAUCGUCGAAAACAUAUUAACCCCCACGGUGACGAUAGAAUCCGAUCCGGAAUCGUCUUCCCCGAACGUCAGCAUGAACAUAACGACGGAAAGGGAUGCCAACAUGAGUUUGCAAAUAAAAUCUCAAGUUUCCGCACAGCAGUACUGCCUCAGGUGGAAAUACCACCACAGCAACCUUCAAGUCAUGUUCAUACAAUUGUUGCAGAGGGAAAGCUUUUGUGACGUCACGUUGGCAUGCGAGGGAAAAAUGUUGAGAGCUCACAAGGUCGUUUUAUCCGCUUGCAGUACGUAUUUCGAUAAGAUAUUUUCCGAACACGAGGAAAAAGAUCCGGUAGUCAUAUUGAAAGACGUUAAAUUCGUCGAUAUAAAAGCUCUCGUUGAAUUUAUGUACAAAGGAGAAAUCAACGUGGAAAAUUCUCAUUUAACGUCGCUAUUAAAAACGGCGGAAGAACUUAAAAUAAAAGGUUUGGCGGAUGUUUCCGGUAAAACGAUUCCCAAAGACGACGACGACGACGACGACGCCGAAGAAAAUGAUUCCAUCACUUUCGGUUCGUCAUCUCUCGCAUUGCAAUCCCGUGACGAUGAGAGGAGCAACGAUGUCAAACAUGCUGCUGCGGAACAAAUCGGGGAUUACGAUGACAUGUUCACGCCGACCAUCGUCGAAGGUGCACAUUCCAUAAAUGAGGGAAGUGAUAACGAAGAUGAAAACAUGGAGAAAAAAGACGAAGAAAUGGAGGAUGCCAACGAGUACAUGGAUUCAGCAAACGAACAAAGUUUUUCCACGUUAAUAACGCAACUUUCGGAUCAUCCGUUACAGGAUUUUCAAAACGAUGACAAUAACGAAAGAAAUUCAGAGCACGAUAAUUCCGAGACGACGUCAAAUUUAGCAUUGCAAUUUCCCGAUGUGAUAAAAAUGAACGAUUAUUUGACGACGGGAAGGAGGCAACAAUUUUGGGAAGAACCUUUCACCCGAAGACUAAUGGAAGCCAUAAAAAACAAAGAAAUAGAAAUGAAAGCCGCCGCCGAACUCAUGGGAGUCUCCUACGGCACACUCUACGGUCGCUACAGGGAUGCGUACGGGUGUUUGAAGCAUCCAUACAGAACGAAAGAAUUUUGGGCGGAACAAGGGCCCGCGGACAUAUUGGCCAAACUACAGAAAAAAGAAAUAACGCUUUUCAGAGCGGCGGAAAUGUUGAACGUAACAGUCACGACGUUGGCAAAUUAUCUAACGACUCUUCGUCACGAAAAGGAAAACAAAAACGAAAACGAAGAAAACCAUGAAAAAGAAGAAUCCGAGGAUAACGUGGAAGAAGAAGAUGACGAAGAAAUGGACGUGAACGAUUCUUUAGACGUUUUCGAUGAAAAUAAACCGAUACCCUCCAAAGAUGCGCAGCAAUCGAAUAAUAAUAAUAAUAACAACAAUAACAAUUCGAGCAUGAUGAACGCCGAAGAUGAAGAUGAAGAUUCGAGAUCGACAAGCACAAUGUUGGAUCGUUCGGACGAAGAUUAUCCAUGA